UCCUCCUCCUCCUCCUCGUCAUCAUCUGCCGGGAGCCAAACCGCCUGCGCUCAAAACUACCCGGAGCGGCCGGCUGAGCGGCUCAGUCCACGCAACCCUCCCCUAUACCAGCUCAGUAACCAGUGUGGGUCAGUGUGUGUGGAUGUGUGCUGAUCCGGACCGGCUGAAGGUCCGUCCUGCUGGAGGAGAAACAUGCCCCUGCUGUUCAUGGACGCCGGCUGUGAGCUCAGCAGCCCCUGCGGCUCCCUGUCAGCCGAGGAGUGCAGCAGCAGCACCUCUGCUCUGGAGAGAGAAGGAGAGGCGAGGCAGCCUCGGCCCAGAGUGACAAAAAGACGAGAGAAGAACCGAGACGCGGCGAGAAAGAGCCGGCGUAAACAAACGGAGAGAGCUGACGAGCUACACGAGGAGCUACAGCAUCUUGAGCAGUCGAACUCAGCCCUGCAGAAAGAGAUUGCAGCGCUGAAGAAAGACCUGCGCCUCUACGAGAAAGCUCUGGAACGCCACCAGCCUCACUGCCGCCUAAAAGACUGCGGCUCGUCCCCGGCAGGGUGCACGGCCCUCUGCAGUCCUCCUCAGGCCCCUGACUCGUCUCCCUUGAACACCACAAACACCACAGCGCAGUUCAUAACCCUCGGCAGCCCCAAAAGGACUCGCCUCCAGUCUUCAGCUUCUUCUCCGACGUCACCGACAGGACCAGCAUGCCCCUCGCCGGCUAAACUCCUCGUUGCGUCCUCCUUGUCUUCACUGACUUCUCCUUAUUCCCUGUCCACGCAUCCGGCCCCUCAUUCCUUGUUUUGUACGCCACCUCUGAAUACCUGCGCCAGCUUUAUUACCUCCGCAGCAGCAGCCGUGGACGUCCACACGACGUCCUCGGCAACCCGAAGCUCUUCGUUUUCAGAGGACGUGCUUUUAAGGAAGCUAGCUUCCCGUUUGGCUGCGCCUGCCGUGCAUUCCCAAUCCUCCCAUUCAGGCGUGCAAAACGCCGGUUUACUUAAGCAAAGCGGUCCUGGGAACGUGCCGCAGCUCUCUUUGUGCAGGUUCAGCGGAAACGGUGCUCCUCCUCAAACGGCUGCUCCUCAGACUCAGUCAGUUCCCGCCCCGGGGAGCUUAGGGCCUCCUGCUGCUGCUUCCUUUGCCCCCGCGCAAAGUUACGACCGACAGGCUUCACCUGGUCCCGGGUCGUUGCUCUCCCUGCUCACCGUGCCCAGCCCUCCGACUCACUGUCAGACUACCUCCAGCGGCUCUAACGGAGCUCUCUCCCAGCCGGCAUCAGAUCCGUCCAAAGACCUGUCUCUGUCUGAGCUCCUGGAGCUCAACGAGUGGAUCCUCAGUGGCUUUGGUAACUCAUAGCGUCGCAUAAUAUAUAUAUAUAUAUUUUUUUUAUGAUUACACUGUGAUAAGCAAACCAGCUGUAGCAAAGAAGAGACACCCAACAUCUCAGCCAUAGAUUAAGCUUUCCAUAGGAGACUGUGCAGAACUUUAAAACAAUUUCUUCAUACUCCGCUUCCAAUGAGUCAGACUUUCUUGUAAUCUGCAAAUGUUUCCGUCAGCGCUAGUUUUUCCGGGCUUGCUUAAGCUUUUCCAAUGUUUCUUGUUAGACUUGUUUGGUUCGGUGCAUCGGGAGGCUUCAGGUACCAAAGCCCCAGGAAAGUAAAGUGGGAGGGGGGGAAUGAAAUUAGUUGGGUAAAUAUGAAUGGAAACGCUACCCACUACCCUUCUCUAAAGCCCCGGGCUUCAGAGUUGCAUUGGAAAAGGGGCUCUGGUGAAUUCAUUCUUCUUUUCAGAAGAAUUGUUUUAUUCAGUUAUUGCGCCACUUCCCGCUGGCCUACUUAAACAACAUGUCUUUGUGGGCCCCAUGUGGGGAUAUAAUCAGUAAUCAAGAACUUCAAGAUGGACCCUUUACAUGGAGCCCACUCACUAAAUGGGCCUAAUGCAUUCGAGAACCCUAAUUAUCUUAAAUGUGUUAUAUCAACGUGUCUCGUUACUUUAACCUGAGUUGUCUUGCAUCAUAAGCUGGGUAGGUUUCUUUAACAUUUUACAGACAAUAGGCUUAUUUUCUAGCAAUGUGGGCCCCAUAAGUGCAAUAUCAAGGGCAUCCCAGGUACAAAUAUGUAAGCAGCAUUAAAAUAUGACAUUUCUACUGCAGCAGUAUGAUUUACCAGACUUUCAAAUAUAGUAAUGCCAGAAUAAAGGCUUUUCUGUCCUACUGCCACAAAUUUAAACAUGAGUUGAGUUUCUGCUAAAUCUGCUGUCAAUGGUUUGCACUACCAACUACCAAUAGGAUUGAUUAUUUUAUCUAUUUAUGUAGCUCCAUUCAAACAGCCAAAUGUGACCGAUUCAGACUUUUAUCUAACAUUUCCUGAUAUUUAAGGGUUCAUCGUGCCAUACUUCUGUACUUACCAGCUGGCCUGAGAUGCUUUUCUUCAAUAUUCACCCUUUGUUUUAACACCAAACCCACGUGGAGUGCUAGUUGUUGAAAAAGACAGACUCCACACUAGGACCAGUUUCUGAAAUGUGCGAUAUGUGCAAUUAUUCAGGGCGGCAUUGGAAAGGAAAAGGUCGCACAAGCAUCAGAUAAAGAAAGUAGGUGACCCUCGCUCGAGGUAAAGAGGCUAGGUUAUGUACUCGGUGCAGGACUGAGCUGCGUUUUACCCCAUCCCCAAUUCUCUGAUAGUUUCCUGAUGUUCAAUAGCUCGGCGGCUUGCAGAAGGAAGGGCUCGCCCAAGGGAAACGCCGCCGCUGGGUUCAACAGAAUAGGCAUUUCCUGGCAUUAAAGAUAAAGUACCAAAUUUAAACGCUUUACACAUAAGUUCUUGGGCAGCCAAGCAAUACACCGGCAUCUGAAGAUGUUGACUGGGUAUGAAUCAUUCAAGCUGCUAUAAAACAACCCCUAAUAGACGACUUAGCAAAAGAAAAUGAAUUGUGAUUAUGAUAUAUUACUCGAAUCUCAAAGACGAGACAGUUUGACAGGCAUAAAAUAUAAUUUUAGCACCAAGGAUGUGAAUCCCAGUGAUCCAGCCUCCCGUGUCGGGUUUAAGCCGAUUUUGUUCCUGUCGCUAACAGAGAGGACUUUCAGAUGUUGUUCUGUUUUGAACUCAACGCCUCUCUGUUCGACUUUCAGACAGCAUGAAGAAAGCGAUUGAUUAAGACCCAUUUGAAAGAUUUCAAAAAACGUCUGGCUCCUUGGAAGGAAAGCAUAAAAGAAACUAGAGGUUGUACGAAAAGCUUUGCACAAGAUAAGAUCAAAGGAGACAAAAGAGUUUUAUUUCUCACCUUGAGGAAUAAAAAAAGAAAACGCUAAACCACAGAUUUGCUAUAAAACAGUCAAUAAGACUCUGACUUCAGAUCUGCCCCUUUCAGUCCAACUUUUUCCUCAGAGGAAAAUGGCAACGAACAGAACAGAGGAUCCCUCAGCACCAGCCGGAGAAACGCUGCCACACUAAACUUAAGUCGCUACAUUUUUAGGAGUUACAAGAAGUCGGUCUGAAUCGUCAGCGGUUUCCUGAUUUGAGAAAGAAAAAGCUGUUGAGUCGGUUUUGUAGGAGACAUGGUAAAACAGACCCCUUAACUCACGCCGGGGUGGAGGCCACACUUCCUCCCCGGUUCAUGGAAGUGUUAUUUUGGAGGACUUUGCAUCAAAAGUUGCUAAACUGAACGACAGAGACAGCUGUGGCUGCAUAAUGCGAACACUUCUUUUUGUAUCCCAAAGAGUUUCCUGGACGUGCCUUCACCGUCUGCUGCUGCUCCUGUUGCUGCUAUUUAUUUCUAUGUUGCGAAAGCCUGCUCUUUAAAUUUAAUCUAGACGUGGCGGUUUGUUGCAGCAUCCACAGACUGUUGGGACAUGCGACACUAAAUCGUGUGAAACUUAAUUUAGACGCAGGGCAAGCAAAGAUCCCAGCAGGUUAUUUGUAUUUAGUCAAGAGUCAGAUCAGGAAAUAGCCUUUUGUUCUGUUGUUUUUAAAUGAAGAGAUGGACUUCAAAUGUGGACCAAUGUUGGACCAAUGGGAAACUCUUGGAGGUUCCUUGAUUUAUUGCUCCACAAGUUCCUCACACACAAAAAAGUAGAUAUUUUUUCUGAAUGUUUUGCUUCUUUAACGCCACGUUUUUACAAGGGUUAUAACAGAAAGUACAUUUUACUACCCUAUCCAGGCUAUAAUCUGAACCAAAGAAUGUGAAAAAUGUGCAGCAAAGUGAUUUUUUUAUAUAUAUAUAUAUUUUUUUUAUUUUUCAGAAAGUUGUUGCUAGUAAAAGUAAAAAUCAAGGUAAAUUGCUUUAAAUUUGUCCUUUUAAAGACAAGACAAUUAAACCCUCUUUCUCUCUCUUUGUUGUUUUCAGACACAAAUAGUUAGCUUGUUUUCCUCUCCAAUACAUCUAAAUUGGAAUUUGGGAGGCGUGGAGUUUCAUAAUUUGGCAACCACAGUUUUUUUGGCUUUUUACAAAGUUGCAUGUAAAUACGUCGUUCCACCUGCAGCCCUUCGACAUAAAAAUUAAAUAAAUACAUUUUUAAAAUGCUCUGCUAAACAUUGCAAUAGAAAUUUACCCAAUUUUCCUUCGAGGUAUGACCUUAACAUACUCAUUUACUUCAUUUGUAAAGCACUUUAAAUCAACCAUAGCUGCAACAAAAAUGCUGCACCUUAACUUUAGUCCUCACCAGAUUGUGUUAACACGAUUCUGAUAAAGUUUUACUACAAAUUCAUCAGAAAGUUUGUUUUUUGCCUUAUCCUAUAUAUGUAAAUUGGAUUUAUCCUAUAAGAGGAAUGUCUUCAACUAGUAAAAACAACAGAAACAUAAAAUUUUGAAGGGAUUUCACCAUCAGGGAAUGAAAAAAAGAAAGAUCUAAAUCAGAUUGUGUUGUUAUUUUAUGUAAAGAAUGCAUUUCAGAUGGGAGUCGAUGAAUAAAAAAAAGGUGACACUGACUUAUAAGUUACGCUUAAAAAAUUGGUCUGUUUCUUUGUGCAUUUGCUUUUAAACAAACUUAUUUAGGUGGGAGUUUUUUAAACACCUGAAUUUAAUGAUUAGAUUUAAUUAUUACACAAUGGAAAAUAGAGACAAAAGCAGAUGCUAUCCUCCUAUGAAACUGUAAUCAUGCUCUUCUGAGAUUA